AUGUCAGUAAAGGCAAACCUACAAAUUGGAAGCACAUGUUGCGAAACCAGAGCCCCCAUCCCUAAUAUCCCUGAUCCUUUAGAUGACGGCGCAUCCUUCCUCGAAGAGAUGAGCAAUGACUCUGGGCAAGAAAUCGACGAACCUAUGAUCAACGAGUCUGUUAACGAGGAUCCCGGAGUUGGAAAUAGCGGAGCCCUAGACCACGAAUGCAAACUGCAGCAUCUUUCGGACCAUGAGAGAAGAAAGUGUCUAUGGUUCUUGCCUCUGGAAAUCAGGCUUGCGAUAUAUGAAGAACUUCUUGUGUCCAACAGCCCAAUUCGUGUUCAUUCGGGCUGGAGAUUUGUUUUCAAAAGACAGUCGUUGGUAAUCCCGACAAGUAUCUUGCGCACCUGUCAAGACGUAUAUAACGAAGCAAUCGGCGUGUUAUACGGUGGCAACAAGUUCCUCUACGUACUGCGAGAUCACGUUUCGAGGGUCACCGACGUUGAUCGACUGGCGCAAAUCGACGACGCCGACGCAGCGUUCCCCAUCAACGGGCAGGUAGACGAAGACUACGACACAGAAGAUGAAAACGACCCCGAUUGGCGGGAGGAGACAAGCGGCCAGAAUGCACCGCAGCGACAAAGUUGGAGGCGUCGAGGCGCUGGAACAGUCGGUAUACAGGGCGACAUAAACAUUGAAAAGUAUUCUUCUCUCUUUCGGCAUAUAAUUGUGGAAGCGGAACAAAACCGCUCCUUUGAAAGGUCCAAGAAGCUCAUGGCAAAUGCUCUGAGCGUCUUCAAAUACCACGACAGAGACAACCGCCACCGAAUUUUUAAUAUUCAUACAUUGACGAUUAGGGUGACGCCUAAGUGGGAGCCUCCAAAGGAAGAAGGCGGCAGCGGAUACUACACUUUUGUAGACUUCUUCAACAGAGGGUCGCCCAUUAUGGAGGCAGCUUGGCGCAUUCAUUGCCAGUUUCUACUCGUGGACGUUAUGGGUUGCCGCGGAGAUGGGGGUAUUUAUCUCGGACGCCGGUUCAAAAUAGACAUGAGGCAUCUGCGACUAGAUAACGAGGUGAAGCGCACCAAUAUGGAUGCAUGGAGGAACGAUAAAGCAAUGCAGAGACAACGGGUGGGAAGUCUGCGCAGGACGUUCAAGGCAUUGGCUACACUGGACAAGCAUGUUGCUGCGACUUGCGAAGAGUAUCUGGAGCAAACCUGGCCUGGGGAUGAGUGGGAUGAGUGGUCUGGUAUGGUGUGGAUCGGUGAGUGA